GUUGUUCUACAUUUAUUUGGUAAUUUUGAUCGUUUAGGAAAGUAAUUGGACUGUAAAUUGAUAAUAGAUGAUUUUAAUUGAACAGAAAAGAAAGUUGCCGAAAUUAUGAACGACGAGGAAGAAGCGGAUAGCGAUGCAGCUGUACCAGAAGCGGAAUUUCUGGACGAGGAUGAAUUACCGGAUGCAUGGAGUACGCAGCUACCGGAGGACCCCUUGAACGAUUCUCUGAAGGAAGCGGGCAAUGCGAGCGGCACAAUCAACUCACACAAAUUUCGGAAAAGUAGUGUUUCUGACGAUGGCUCGGAAUCCAACCGUUCCGAGAAUGAUAUUUUCGGAUGUGUUCUUCUGGCCUACAAGCGCCAGUUCAAGGGCCAGUCGUCCGGCUCGUUCAUUGCUCGCUGGGAGAUUUCUGCCCAUAGCACCGAAAGCUUCAUCCACAAGAUAUGGAAUCUGGCAAAGCAGCACCUGAAUCGCGAGGUCAUCUUCAGUGCAAAAGAGGACGGAACAACCUGCCCAGUGUGGGGCGAAAGCGAAACGCCGUCUGAAGAGGAUUUCGAUAGGUUUGUGCUGUUUCAGUCAGGACGCCGGCAUUACGCAUUGGACAAAGUACGCGAGAGCAGCAACCUAUUGCAAAGCUGGCGGAACAAAGAAGUCACAGUUCUCCUACACGUUUAUUCGUUAUCCGUCAGUAAUCGUACCAUAUGGAAUUCGGUGAAGGAAAGUUUAAUCGAUCCAUCUGAACGGGAUCGUUCAGGUGCUGCUACAACACAAGCUGUAAUUGAAUUGGCGGACGAGCUCAGAUCAACACAUGGUUAUCAUCUGGAUGCGCACGGCAUGGCGUGGUCGUUUUGGGCGAAUUCAAUACUCAACGGACCAGCACACCUCAGAGAAUCACUCAAAGACCACCCUCCGCAGCAUCUUGCUCAUCUAUUUCGUGCAAAGGAAGGGCGAUAUGUGAAUGCAAUCCAAAGAGAACUGACAGUAGCACAUAGCGUUAAUAGCAGUUACCACGAAGAGGUUAUCGCAUUGCGACAAGUGUUCGAUGUAGUGGAAGCAAAUGUUGAGAACUUGAACGCUUCAUUAAAAAUGUUCAAAUCUCGACUGGAGGCUCUUGAAUUACGAGAUAGGUUGAGUGAUUCAAUGAUUAAUGCCAUGCAAACUGCGGUUAAGGUUCAGGAAGACCAGUUGGGGCAGGAAUUGAAAUCCAAAAUAGUUGACAUGGAGGAUAUGGAUCACAUGUAG